CAACAGUUCACUAAAUCUAGAUAACCCCAAUGCGAUCCUCAUAUUCUCAGUGUGCGCCGUUGAACGCUGCAUAAACAUGGAGUUCUAAACUACAAGGUCUGGAUAUCUCUUGACGCUGGCCUACUUUCUCCUUUGACUUACAUUUCCUCUCUGUAACGAUGUCUAGGAAAACAUGGCCUCCUGGUACGCACUGUGUCGCCAAAAGUGACCACACAAAACCUAAACCCAAUGAAAUUUUCUAUCGCAAAGGAGACAUCCUUACCAUUUUGGGUUUGGAGUUGUUAAUGGGAAAGGCCAUCUACCGUGCCAAGCACAACAGGACUGGCGAGGAAGGUAUGAUCCAUGCUUCUAACAUGCGCGAACGUGAAGCCCUGCGUGUAGACCCCAGUCUCAGCCUCAUGCCGUGGUUCCAUGGGAAGAUCUCCGGUCCAGAGGCUGUCAGCAAACUGCAGCCGAUGGAGGAUGGUCUGUUUUUAGUGCGCGAGUCCAUUCGGCAUCCCGGGGACUACGUCCUGUGCGUAAGCUUCAAGCAAGAGGUGCUUCAUUACCAUGUGAUCUACCAGGAAUCCAAGCUGACAAUUGACAAGACGCAGUACUUCUACAACCUCAUCGACAUGGUGGAGUUCUACUCGAAGAACAAAGGCAUCAUUGCCACCACGCUGCAGAAACCUAAAGAGAAAGAGGGCACUAAGUCAGCAGCGCUGCAGCUAUCAAGAACUGGCUGGCUAUUAGAUCUCUCAAAACUAACUUUGGGAGAAAGUAUCGGAACCGGCGAGUUUGGAGAAGUGUUUCGGGGAGAGUACAUGGGCAGGAAGGUGGCAGUCAAAAACAUAAAGUCAGAUGUCACUGCUCAAGCUUUCCUGGACGAAACUUCUGUUAUGACAAAACUGCAGCAUAAGAAUCUGGUGCAGUUAUUAGGAGUGAUUCUCCACAAUGGCCUCUACAUCAUCACGGAAUUUAUGGCAAAGGGAAAUCUGGUGAAUUACCUGCGAUCACGAGGACGCUCAGUAAUCACCACAGCUGAACUCCUGCAAUACGCUCUAGAUGUGUGUGAAGGGAUGGAAUAUCUCGAGUCAAAGAAACUCGUACACCGGGACCUGGCUGCCCGUAACAUCCUUAUAUCUGAGGAUAAUGUGGCCAAGAUCAGUGAUUUUGGUCUGGCAAUGGCUGAUUGUAAGAGCAUUGAUAGCACAAAGUUACCUGUGAAAUGGACUGCACCUGAGGCUUUAAAUAACAAGAAGUUCUCUACACGAUCAGAUGUUUGGAGUUAUGGUGUACUUCUAUGGGAAACGUUCUCCUUUGGCAGACAGCCCUACCCCAAGAUGACUCUGAAGCAGGUGAAGGAGCAGGUGGAGGAUGGAUACCGCAUGGAGCCGCCUGAAUGCUGUCCAUCUGACAUCUAUGCCAUCAUGAGACACUGCUGGGAGAAGGACCCCAAAAUGCGACCGUCGUUUCAGAAGCUCAGAGAGCUUUUACAAGUGGAACUGAACAAACACGAGUCCACCGCAGCGUCUUGACAUCAUCGUCUCCAUUUCCACUUCAGACCUGACAUUUAAAAAAAAAUAAUAAUUACACUAUACUGUCUCGUUUACAGUAACAACAUUCGUGCUCUAACCUUCUCACCAAGAUUUGACGUGGAAUGUACUCACUAUACUUUGCUGGCUAAUUUAUUUUUUAUUUAUCUAACACUUUAUUUCACUUCUUAAUAGAGGUGGACUCUCCCAGACGUGAAGAGAUAUUCCUAUAGAUUGUGGAAAUACCGAAGGAUUAUGACCUGUGGCUCAAGUCAAGACGUUUAAAUGAAGCAGCAAACCUUUAAGAAGAAGAUUUUCUCUUUACACAUUAGAAGACUCAGUGCUACAUUUUGGUCUGUAGAGAUGUUUAGUUCGAUGUAGCACUGUUAUGAGAGUUUCUCUAAAAGCGUUCUUUUUCCAUUCUGUCUUCAGAGGAUAAAUGUAAAGAGCAGACAUGUGGGAGGAGAGAAAGAGACUAUUCUUGGGGGAGAUUAAAAAUUCAAGAUCACGAGUA